AAAAAAUUAAUUUAGAAAAUCGAAGGUUUAAUUUUUUUUUCUUCUUCUUUUUUUUAUGUUUAGGACACGUUAUUAUUUCACCAGUGGCCAUGAACACUUAGGAAAAGCUAGAAACGUCAAUACUGAACAAUCGCCAUUUGAAUUUCCCUCAUGUUCUUAUAUGUUCGCGUAUUUUCAAUUUUGGAAAGCUCAAAAGCUCAAAGCUAUUAAAGCCCGUAGUAUAUCAAGUUAUAAAAAACGUAACAGUAUUCCGCAAUCGCGUAAUGACAUUCUUAGAAGAUUGCGAGUGGACGUGGCGGCAGAAGAAAAAGAAAAAAAGAAACACAAAGAAUUGAAAGAAGCAUUUGCCAUAACCGACGUAAAUCCGGAAUAUUUCACAGAAACAACUGGAGGUUUGGUAAAAGAAAAAUUUUCCCUUCAUCAAUAUGUCGAGGAUCUUCGACAGAUUUUAAGAAACAGAUUACUUGUUGGCGAACAACGUGAUCUUUGUAUUCACAUUGAACAACAAUUCGACGAAGAACGAAGGAAAUUAAAUAAGAUCAAACGCCAAUAUCGUACGUACGUUAGUAUCUUCGAAGGUUUCUUAUCGAAGGAUCAUGAAGAUAGUAUGGUCAUUUUGGGAGAAUCCGAAAAGGAAUUGAAAUUGACUUCGGCAAUAAAUGAAAAAAGAACUUUGUUGGCUAAAGAAUGCAGUAAAAUUAGACUGGAUUUGUAUUAUUGGGAGGAAAAUUGGAGAUUGGUAAAGACGUGUCAAAAAUUUUUAUUUCAAAUUUCACCGAUUUCAUGGAGAAACAAAUACGAUUGGAUUUAUCGUUCACAAUCGGGAGAAAGCAUAUUUUUUGGGACUACUGAUGACAUUUUUAGUCGUUACAAGAUAGCCACAGAAGCUGCAUCACUUGACUAUUUAAUAGAUAUGUUCGAAGAAGAUUUAAUAGAAGCUGGCCCCACUGAUCUUUACUUCGACGAUCCGUCCGAUCUGCUACAUGUAUUUGAAACAAUAGAGACACAAAAUUUAAACUCCUUGAUACAUUUGGAAUCAUUAGAAGCAUCUUUAAUUAAGAUGCUAAUAACAAUGACUGAAGCUGAAAAUCGAAUAGAACAUGAAUUCGAUGAAAUUACUGAUAGUAUUGAAGAAUUGGAAAAUUUGAUUUAUAAAGCAGAGGAAAGAGCAACGAAUUUGCAUAAAUACGCAAAUUACCUUUUGCAAGGUGUAUUUCGUGAUUUAGUGUGUUCCGAAGAUAUUCUUUGUAUAUAUGUUUUUAUUGAGGAUGCAUAUGAAACUUGCAUAGCACCAAAUGAUGCUAAAUUCAAUAGUUUCACUAUGAUAAAGAUAAUUGAAAAGACUUAUGAGAAACUCAAUUUAGAAUUGGACACUUUACCUUAUGAAAUAGUUAAAAAACAUGAAAAAGAAGGUUUCAAACAAGAACUCAAAGCUCUCAAAGAAGCUGAAGAUGCUGCCAGAAAGUUCAAUAUAAUGCUUCAAUUAUUAGAUUCACUAACCCGUAUCAUGAAGAGACCGACAAUAACUAAACGAAAAUUAAAAUGGCGCUCAAAACCGAUUUAUGAGAAAACAGAAAAGGUAGCUUCUUAUGCCGAGCCAACGGAAGAAGAAAUGCAAUAUUUAACUUUCUUUACACGUUAUUGUAAACACGAAGACUUCAGGGAAUAUCGUUCUAAAUUUCCUGAUGAUUUUGAUCUAACAUUUAAGGCCAAAAAUCAAGAAACUUCGGAAAGUUCAGAAAUUAUAAAUUAAAACUGUAAAAUAAUAUUGAUGAAAAUUCCACGGAUAUAAAGUGUAUGUAUAUGUGUUUUUCUAAUCACUUAACUAAUAUGAGAUUAUUUAAAUCAUCUAUACUGAAAAAAUAUUUAUUAGACAUUUUUUAUUUCACAUAUGAAGUAUCCGUUCUUAUGAAACUUCGUUACUUCUUCGUAAAUAUAUUAUGUGACUUACAUCGAUGUACUCAAUUUCUUUUUCGCCGAUAAAUCAUGAUGGUAUCGUAGACACAAAUUCUCUAUCGUUGUAAAACCUAUUACUUGAUGUCCACUUCCACUAUUUUGUCGAGUUAACAA